AUGACGUUGCUACUUUCUCAAAUAGGUAACUGCAGCACGUCCUGCGGUGAUGUACACUUGCCAUACCCCUUCGGCAUUGGCUCUGCCGAUUGCUACUGGCCAGGGUUCAGCCUCACCUGUGAUAGAAGCCAACAACCAGCAAAGCCACUCCUCGUCCUCCGCGGCAUGGAGGACUCCUAUCAUGUCACGAAGAUCUCCCUCCAGAAUAACACGGUGCACGUCCUCCGCACCAACGGCAUCAUGCCUAUUCCCAGCGUACCAAGCGGUCUUUAUAUGCUUGGCAACUAUUCAGAGGCGCCCUACUCGCUAUCAACCAGCAACGAGCUCAUCCUAUCAGGUUGCAACUUUCAGGCCACACUGACCGGGGAUGGUGUUGAGGAUUUCAUCAGCGGUUGUGCCUCCUUUUGCCCCUCCAACGCCAGUGACACCUACGUCGAGACGGCAGUGGAGCAUAGAGGCAGAUACUGCUAUGGCAUGGGCUGUUGCCAGGCGCAUAUCUCCUUGUCGUCCAGUGGCUUGCCCACCAAGUUGAAUUUCCAAAAUCUCAACAAGUACAGUGACCAUAAGGCAACGUCGCAGCACCCAUACAUGCUAAUCGCGGAGGAGGGGUGGUUCGACCAACAACGGUUGUCCAUAAAUAUGGUAGUGCAGGAAGAAUUCGAAACGAACAAGGUACAGGUUCCCCAAGUUCUGCACUGGGAGGUCAUGCAGGGCUUACCACGACCAGCUGAUGUGAAGGCGCAUCCAGGCUGUUCAUCGGAAGUAGCCCGCAAGCUCUGCAAGAGCAAGAACAGCAACUGCAAACGAGGGAGCAGAGGCUAUUUAUGCCAGUGCAUGGAUGGCUCCAACAAGCCCGGGAGCAACCCCUACCUCGCCAACGGAUGCAAAGGUGACCGCAAACCCUUAUCUACAGGUGUAUACCUCGGCAUAGGAGUUGCUGUUGGGGCAGGCAUCAUACUAUUUGUUCUUGCUGGAUCCUUCACACAUAAGAACUUCAAACAUCGAAGAGCACAGAUGUUGAAACAGAAGUUCUUCGGAAAAAAUCGUGGACAAUUGUUGCAACAAUUGGUAUCACGAAGAGCUGAUAUUGCAGAAAGAAUGAUUAUAACCUUAGACGAGCUUGAGAAGGCAACAAACAAGUUUGAUAAAGCUCGUGAGCUUGGUGGUGGGGGGCAUGGUACAGUCUACAAAGGGAUCCUAUCAGAUCUCCAUGUUGUAGCCAUCAAGAAACCAAAGGCGGCCAUUCAAAAGGAGAUAGAUGAAUUCAUUAAUGAGGUUGCUAUUCUAUCACAGAUCAACCAUAGAAAUGUUGUAAAACUCUAUGGUUGUUGCCUUGAAACAGAGGUCCCCAUGUUGGUCUAUGAGUUUGUAUCCAACGGUACCCUUUAUGAUCAUCUUCAUGUUGAUGGGCCAAAAUCGUUGUCAUGGAAUGAUAGGCUACGGAUAACAACUGAGACUGCCAGAUCUUUAGCCUAUCUUCACUCAACAGCUUCAGUACCCAUCAUCCAUAGAGACAUCAAGUCUGUUAACAUACUUUUGGAUGAUACUCUAACAACAAAGGUCGCAGACUUCGGAGCUUCAAGGUAUGUUCCGCUGGAUAGAUCAGGGAUCACAACAAGAGUGCAAGGUACAAGAGGAUAUCUAGACCCCGGGUAUUUCUAUACUGGGCGUCUCACAGAAAAAAGUGAUGUGUACAGCUUUGGUGUCCUUGCUUCUGGAGUUGUUGACUAG